GAUUCACAUUGCGUAAUAAUUUUACCCAUCCCCGAAUCCCUGGUGACAAGUAAGGUUUCCUCCAAUAUUUUGUCAUUAGGAGAGCAUCGUACGACCUAAGAACAUGUCUUUGUUAAGGAUUGUUUUGGGUAUAAUCUUGAGCCUGAGUGUUUCUUAUGGAUUACAAUGUGUUUGCGAACCGACUGUGAUAUGCGAAAAUGCCUGCAGAUGUUGGGGAAAGAAGGGAACCGCGAGCUUCGGGGCCUUCUGUCACCCAUCUAGAUAUUGCACAUUUGUGCUGGGACAAGUACAUCUUGGAAACUGCGCGACAGUUUCCGCAUCCCCAUAUACGACGACGACUUCAAUAAUUCAGCGAGGGGGAGGGGUAACGGACACUUCGGAUGAAGAAUCUGUGCUACUCUUGACGAUACAAAUUGCUUUACCCAGCACAGGGUUGUUAGCCACCAUCACAGGAUUGUUAAUAUGGUUAAGAGGAAAGUUCCGAAAAGCAGCUGAAAAUCAAGUCGAGGACGUAGAGAUGAAUUCUGUAAAUUCCGAUUCCUCUCAUCAUUCUUCAGAGCCGCUGUCGAUAACAAGCUCUGAUUCCGAUUCGCCCCCAGAGGAGCCUUUAGCUCACAGAACCAGGUCAAGAGUCAGAUCUAGAUUGGAGAAGAUAGCUACGCCAGGAGCUGAACGGGAGGAUUCCGAUGCAGAGGUCGAACGGGAAGAUUCAGAAACUGUAUUGAAGGAAGUACUAGAAUAGUAACUGGUAACUGAACUGUAGGUCUGUAAUGACACACUGUACCAGGAGCUGACUGUAAUGAGAAGACGUAGAUCAUAUAUUUAGUGGAAGUACUCUAGUCUUUAGUCUCUAGUAUCCGAACUGUAGAUCUGUAGUGAGACGACAUAAUAUAUGAUAACGCUAGAUCUGAUCUGAUCCGAUGUAAAUAUAACGUUAAAUGACACUUUAAAUCAUCUGAGACUGUGAGAUGUACAAAGCUGCAUAUAAUGUAAAAUAAAAGGCAAAACUACUUAAAGUUUUUUAAGAGGAAUAUAAAGACGCUUAGGCUGUGAUUUUAGCUUGUUUAUGAUAUAGAGAUGAGAACAGAAAUCGAUAGUACUAGCUGAUUUUUUCAAAUAAAAAUGUUUUUCAUGUUACACGACGUGUUUUGGUUCUAUCACUACUUAAAACUAAAUAUAAACUUAGAACAGUGGGCAGGAAAAUGCAGAAGUAAAA